AUGAGUGCACUGGCAACACCAAAGCACGAUGUGCGCAAGCUCCGAUUCUCGACGGGCGCGCCCCACCUCCAGAGCCCCUUCCCCGGUGUCGCACCGUCUCCCUACACCCCUUUCUCCGGGCGUCGAUCCGGCUCAGUUCCAAUAGGGACGCCGCAGCUACCGACGCGGCCUACCAGUUUCGAAGCAGACGCACUGGCGACACUCCCGCAAGGUUCCGCUGAAGAGUUUAUCAAUGGCGGCCUGGAUGCGGCACUCCGGGAGUCCUCACUUGACGUCCUUGCCGGUUUGCGCACCCAGUAUGAAAGCGGCACGCCUCAGGCGGCUGAUGCUUUUGUCAAGGAGAUGAUCAGUACCCUUGCGCUCCAGCUUGAACGCGCAAAUGAGCUUAUGGACGCUCCGAGCUUGCACCCAUACGUUCGUAAGCAAGUACGUGCUCUACAGAAUCGUCUGCUUCUCGAGCAAACGACGUGGAACCUGGUCGAUACUGCGUGGCGACCUAGUGAGAUACGGAGUCGCGAUUUGUCCACAACGAGACUAGCCCCGAGUAAUCUGGAUGAGAAUUCUGUUCUUAAGGUUCCGGGCUAUGUCAAAUGUCAGCGAAUUGUUGAGUGGUUGGAGACAACUGCUGCUGACGUGUUGGAACGAUCAGGGGGCCCGAAGGUGAAACCGCUUGAUGACCCAGCCUAUCGAUGGGAAUACACUGCAUCCAAGUAUGAGGGAGAAAAAGUUUCCAUGGACUUUCCACACGCCGUUGGCAAGUCGUUGGACGAGGUAGAGACCAAAGCGGAAGGUCGAAUUUCCCACGAGACUUUUCGACUUGUGCGGGCGGGUAAGCUGUCCGAGGCGGAGGAGUUAUGUCGGCGAGUCGGACAACCAUGGCGAGCGGCUGCUCUUGCAGGCGGAAAGAAAAGCUCCGCUUUGUCUGCGAAUGGGAUAAAGGGAGAUGCUCGGCGGACAUGGCGUAUUGCGGCGAAAGCCAUCGCGAGGAGCCCAGAUCCAGCAAUCUUGCCUCACGAGCGAGCUGUGUAUGGGGUGCUUGCAGGAGAACUGGAACCUGUACUAGCGGUAUCAACGACAUUCGAAGAUGAAGCGUGGGCGCGCUUGUGUACCCUGUUAGACUCGACGGCUGAGUUUGUUUUGAAUGGGCGCAAUGUCACAGUAGCAGCAAUAGAAGACGAAACCGUAUUGCAAAUAUUCCGCGAAUGCAAACAUGCCGGGGAAGGGUUAGAUGUUGCUGAUGGAAAAGUGUUAGAGGGUAUUCGUAUGACCAGAGCAUACGUUGGAAUCGGGCCAGGCAUGUGUGGCUCUCACGUCUCACAGUUGCUGAAAACACUCGGUGAACUUGCAGAGGCCGGGGCGAGUAGUGGAGAAGAAUGGAUUUGUCGCUUUGCCGCACAUGCGUGCAUCUUUCUGAAAACAAGUGGCCUGUUGGCGGGUAUAAAGAAUCGGCCUCAGGAUGAGUUUUCGUUUGACACUGCAAUAGAAAAGUAUGUCGAGGUGGUCCUACAGAAAGACCAAGAAAGGGAAGCCAAGGCCCGUGCACAUGGUACGAUUUUGCCGCCAAGAAGAAUUGUGCCUGAAACGGCGGCAAGAUACCUUGCCGAGCUGCAUUCCGACGAUCGCAUCAUAUCUACAUAUUCAGUUUUACUCUGCGCUGCUCUGGAAGAGGACCUAUCGCACGAAAGGGCAGAGGCCAAACGAGUCGGUGUGUCCCCACGUCAGGUUGAUGAGAGGAGGACGCUAUGUUUGCAGAAGGCUGGACAAUGCUUCCCGCGAGAAAUUCUUGAUCUUCUCAUCGUCGCAGCCACAGACAAACUAUGGAAGUCAAUGCUUCCGGACCAGGUCGACAAUAGCUUGGUCUCUGACGACAUUAAGCUUUCUGAGUCUGUUUCUGAUGAAGUAUCAGAGACCGAUGAGUUGGUCGUACGAGCUAUCGAGUUUCUGAUAUUUCCGGCCUUCGCAAAUUACAAAGAAGCUCUGCUAAGGGUCACUAACUUGGCUCGGCAAUUCUUUCUCCGCGGAAGGCGGGCGGCGGCUCGAUACGUCAUUUCCUGGGCACCAGCCGAAGUCAUGUCCCAGAUUGAACCAUCAACAUGCGAAGGGCCGGUUCAUGAAUUGGAAUCAUGGCGAGUUUACAUGGAUGCGAUAUCGCGGCACAACGAAUGGAAAACGUACCAGUCCCGGAAGCCGCAGCCUAUCUCUGAGAAGAUGCGCGCCGCUGCCUCUGCGGAACCCGGAGAGGUGAGUUAUGAAAUCCAAGCAAAUGCCGGGAUUCAGGUUCAAAAAUUCAACAAAGAGAACGAGGAAUUUCUUCGCACCUCAGAAAGAUACUGCCAGGCCGCAGUGCAGAGUCUCGGGGCUGCAUUGCUUCUCGAAGGCGGAUGGAUGCAAGACAAAUACAAGCAAAACGAGAAUAUCACGGAAAGACCGCGAGGCGACUAUGCCCUCCGCAAUCGCAGCAAAGAAAUCGAGGCGAUCCGAAAAUUUGGCAUUCCACAGCUCACGGUGUUGCUGCAUCACGUUUACCAUGAAAGUGGGAUGUUUACAGAGGCUAUCGGGCUAGCGCAAGUUGUCGCUAGCGACCAUCUCAAACUGUAUGAAUGCUUUGGCGUGUCGGAGAUGAAGUCGUUUUUGACUCGAAUAGCCGACAGCACGGUGCUGCUUGCAGACACAAUGAUCCAGAGUGGUCAGUGCGAGCGCCCGUACGAAACGACAAUGUUCGAAGAGCUUCUUGCAAAUGAAUAAAUCCCCAUGCUCUGUAAA